AUGGCCCUCGAGGCCCUCAAGGCGCGUCGUCGCAGCGACUACAAGUUCCUGCUCGAGUACCGCACGCGAUGGAGCGACAAUGACAUGUACCACCACAUGAACAACAGCGUCUACUACUACCUCUUCGACUCGGUCGUCAACACGUACCUGAUCCAGCACUGCUCCCAGCACCCCCCUACCUCGCCCUACAUCGGCCUGGUCGUGCAUUCACAGUGCGACUACUUUGCCCCUGUGGGAUUUCCUGAUGUCGUCGACAUGGCCUUGAGGGUGAACAAGCUGGGCAAGAGCUCCGUGACUUAUGAGAUUGCCGUCUUCCAAAGAGGCCAUGAAGACGUCAAGGCCGUGGGCGAGUUUAUCCACGUCUUUGUUGAUCGCGACAGCCGACGCCCGGGAAAACAGGGCAUGCCUGAUGCACUGAAGACAGGGCUGGAAAAGCUGCUGGUGACCAAGUCCAAGCUGUAG